AUUGGGUCGGUGAAAGAUGAUGUCAGACGACCGCAUGCGCCCCGGAUUGGAGAAAGCGGAGUAAACAAAGCCGCGAGGAGGAGGAGGAGAGGUCUCCACAUCUCCAGACAGUCCGACCGACACACCGAAUCCUACUUUACGCACAGGAGAGGGCGGCCCCGGCGGCGCGUACUCGACUGCUAAAGGCUGAAAGUUACACUGACAGUCCCGCUUUAAUGGGUGACGCGCUAAAAAGACUUUUGGAAAAGCUAAAGGGAAACUUACCAUCGUCUUUUACUCCGGACGCUGUGCAGUUUUGUCGUUUGAGUAAGAGACUGAUUCCCUAACUCUGCGCGCAACUGCUCCUUAACAAGUAACGAAGGAAUCCCUCGCCUGUGCUCUGCUUAUUAUUACGGCUUUUUCUUGCGCGAAUGCAAUUUUGAGAAAUUAAAUUAGUGAAGUUGAAUCAGAGCAGACACACACACCGAGCGGCAAUGCAGCCCGGCCGGUUGGAGACAGUCUGACUCGUAGGAAUCAGGCUUCGUAUUCAGAGCAUGGUCCGAUAAUUGGAAGACAGACAGACAGACACAGAAAGUAGAAAAUAGACAGCUGAAAAGACAUUUGGCUCACGCUGAGGUGUGUUUGGGAGCGUGUGCCUCUCACGUCCAGGUGUCCCGCCGAGCGGUGCGGAGUCUCCAGCUCAGGCCGGCAGCGCUGACAUGCUGCCCAAAGUCGAGACUGAAUCCCUGGGACUCUCUCGAUCGUAUGGAGAACAGGGGCACAUGCCAAGGAACAUGCAAGCCCCCCAGUUAAAAAUGAUGGACUACUCUUAUGACGAAGACCUGGACGAGAUGUGCCCCGUGUGCGGAGACAAAGUUUCUGGGUAUCACUACGGACUCCUGACCUGCGAGAGCUGCAAGGGCUUCUUCAAGCGCACCGUCCAGAACAACAAGCGCUACACAUGUAUAGAGAACCAGAGCUGCCAGAUUGACAAGACCCAGAGGAAGCGCUGCCCGUACUGCCGCUUCCAAAAGUGCCUCACCGUCGGCAUGAAGCUAGAAGCUGUGCGGGCGGACCGCAUGCGCGGUGGUCGCAACAAGUUCGGCCCAAUGUACAAACGUGAUCGGGCCCUGAAGCAGCAAAAGAAGGCACUGAUCCGAGCCAACGGCCUGAAGAUUGAGGCCAUGAGUCAAGUGAUGCAGGCCGUGCCCACUGACCUCACCAUCUCCUCAGCCAUCCAGAACAUCCACUCAGCCGCCUCCAAGGGCCUUCCACUGAGCCACCACGCUGGCCACCACCCUGGCCACCACCACCACCAUCAUCAUCACGCCACUGCCCUGCCCCCCACAGACUACGACCGCAGCCCAUUUGUCACUUCGCCGGUCAGCAUGGCAAUGCCACCGCAUGGCGGCAGCCUACAGGGCUACCAGGCAGCCUACGGACACUUCCAGGGCACGCGCACCAUCAAGUCAGAGUACCCCGACCCGUACACCAGCUCGCCAGAGUCCAUCAUGGGCUACGCCUAUGUAGAUGCCUACCAGUCAGGCUCGCCGCCCAGCUUCCCCCACCUGAUCGUAGAGCUGUUAAAGUGUGAGCCGGACGAGCCACAGGUUCAGGCAAAGAUCCUGGCUUACCUGCAGCAGGAGCAGGCCAGCCGAGGCAAGCACGAGAAGCUCAACACCUUCGGUCUAAUGUGCAAGAUGGCCGACCAGACACUCUUCUCCAUUGUGGAGUGGGCACGCAGCAGCAUCUUCUUCCGUGAACUCAAGGUGGACGACCAGAUGAAGCUGCUCCAGAACUGCUGGAGUGAACUCCUCAUCCUCGACCACGUCUUCCGGCAGGUGGUGCACGCCAAGGAGGGCUCUAUCCUAUUGGUCACCGGACAGCAGGUGGACUAUGCAGUGAUUGCUUCGCAGGCAGGAGCCACCCUCAACAACCUGUUGAGCCACGCCCAGGAGCUAGUGGCCAAGUUGCGCUCCCUGCAGCUAGACCAGCGGGAGUUCGUCUGCCUCAAGUUCCUGGUCCUCUUCAGCCUGGACGUGAAGAAUCUGGAGAACUUCCACCUUGUAGAAAGCGUCCAGGAGCAGGUCAACGCAGCACUGCUGGACUACGUCAUGUGCAACUACCCACAGCAAACAGACAAGUUCGGUCAGCUGCUCCUCCGGCUGCCUGAGAUCCGAGCCAUCAGCCUGCAGGCCGAAGAAUACCUUUACUACAAACACCUGAAUGGCGACGUUCCCUGCAACAACCUGCUCAUUGAAAUGCUACACGCCAAGAGAGCUUAGAAGAGGACUGUGCUACCCAUAAUGCAGCUGUGCGGACAUCCUUACAUCCAAAUAAUGAACCUCCAUCUCAGACUUGGUUAUGUGAUGACCCGGAGGACGGAGAGCAGUGUGUGUUAGAAACACUUGUUUAUAUUGAACUCACACUGAUGUUCAAGUUACAACUUGAAGUACAGAUCUGGACAAACACGCGUGCACCGCAGAGACUGAUAAUGUGCAGAAAAACAGCAUCCCUUUAUUCUAGAAAAAACAAACAAACAAAAAAAAACACCCCCAAAAAAAAAAAAAAAAGUCUGAAAGAAAAGCCGCUUCUCCUCAACCACACAGAAAAAGACACUAUUGAAAGGAAAAAAGAACACUUGAAAAAAACGCUGCAUUUGACACUACGAGAUGGUAUCUAAUCGUCUGCACGGGCACAGACUAUCAAGACUGGCAGGCUGCAACUUAAAGAUUUAACAACCCUUGAGUGUUUUAGCACUGGUGACAUUGAGAGGCUUUUUGUGCUGAGAAAGGAAGCUGAGCAACACCGCCCAUCUUUCAGACAGCUUUGUGACUGGAGCAGUGUCUGAUUUGGGUCACUAAUCCUCCGGCGUGCUCUCUCACUUUAACCGGCUUUUAGCUGUCGUUGGUACUGUAAAGACAAACUGGGCCAGAGACUCUUACCUACCAUCACGUUUGUUUCUUUUUGCCACGGCAGCUUGACCUGACUGAAAAGGGAGAAAUUAGUUAAAAAAAAUAGGUCUAAAAACUGAACAUUCUUUAAUGAACAAAAUGAUAAAUAGGCCAAUAAGGAGAAAAACACAAUGUCUUUUUUUUUUGCUCUUGUAAUGGAAGUCAUUUGCUAGUCAUGGUCACCUUGUGGUUCCCCUUUCUUAUUUCACCUCCCCAGAUCAUCUUAAACUAUGUACCUCAGAAAGACCAGUGUUAAAUAAAUUCAGUUCAUAAUGUCAGCUGAAACAACUGUAUUUAUAGCCCCUUUUUCCUGCAAAAAAAAACACCCUCCCUUUUCAUGAUUUCAUUAAAACUGGAACAAAACAAAGUGUGAUUCUGGAGACGGAGAAGGAUGGACCCUGCCUUUGUUCGGAAAGACCAAAGCCUGCUGCAGAACAGAAGAAGGAAAUUACAAAUACCUUAACAAUCAGUAUUAUAAAAGAAAAAAAAAAAAGAUUUGUGAUGUCACAGUUAUGUGAGUCUUGCCUUAUUUCAUUACCAUGCUAGCUAACCGUGCAGAUGUGAAUGAAAAUAUGUACAAAUAUAUAUAUAAAGUAUUAAUGUUGUAAAAAAUUUAAAAAAGAAUAAUUCAACAGGUGUUUACAUUCAUGUGGUCAUAUGGGAGAGAACUGUGAUGAAGCAUAAAUUGCAAAGCAAUGAUUUCCUAAAAAAUGAAAUCAACUAAAUGAAAAAAAAAAAAAAAGAUCCUUCUGGUUUGCUUUCUUUGAUGUGUGUACAGUGUUUUAUUUUUUAUUUGUUUUGAGCAGUACUUAAAUUAUGUCGUGAGACACUAAAAUCAAAAAGGAAUCACACUUAAAAUAUUAAUUUUUAUCUGUGUCUGCUGGCAUUCAAACAUUUGUUUCUUAAAUGUUGCUGUGUAAGGGAUCCAUUUCACGUUCAACCUUUUUGUAGACUUUUUUUUUUUUUUUUUUUACAGUGCUUUUACCUUUUUGAUGUACAGUAUGUCACUGGUUACGCUUAAUAAUGAAGAUAAUUUAUUGCGUCUUUGGGUUUCCAUCUUUGUGUUACAUGACGUGAGGUGUCCGCGCCAGAAUAAAUUUGUUUACUGUAGCAUGUUCUUGUUUUGUUUCCACGAGUAGCUCCGAGAUGCAGGUCUGCAGCAAAAGUAAUGAACUUUCAAAAAAAAAAGAAAAAAAAGAAAAUACGCCACAAAUUUCUUUGUCUUUUAACUGUUUAUGCAAGUCUGUACAUUGAAAAGAGUAUUGUAUUUAAGUGAGUAGGUGUGAAAGAUGUUUGUGCCACAUCAGUUUUUCUUAUUGAAUUUCAACCUGCAUCAUUGUUCUGUCCGGUUUGCUCUUAUACCAAAGACUGCAUCUUUCCCCUGUGAGCUCUGACCUCUAGUAUUGUGUCCAAAAUGAACAAAACUUUUUUUUCUUUUUCUUAAAACACGGCAGCCUAAAUUAUCCUCAUGUGGAGUUCUUCACAUGUACAAUAGUUGUUACUGUUUUUUCAAAGUGUCCCCAACACUUGCCUCCCACAGCAACCUGUGGUGUUUCUUUGUUUACCUUUGGAUUUUGUAGAUUAUGAAUAGAAUGAUCAAAAGUCUUUCAACGGCAUGUUUAAUGUACAGAAGAUUCACUUAAAUCCCCUGUCUGUAAGCUGAUUCUGAUCCCGCGCUUCACUAUCUGAUGUCCUCAUUACCUGCGUCUACUGAUCAGACAAUCUUUUAUCACCCACUUUCUAUGUGUUUAGGCUGUGCAGCUGCCUGGACUUACUAUAAGCUUACAGGUGAACACCACAUGCAGGCAUUAGUGACUAAUGUUGUCAUUGCAGAUGUCCUUAUUUCUACUGCAUGUUUGUUAUAACACAUCUUAAGCCCUGCUCCUUUACUACAAGCUUAGAGAAACAGUUUUCUGUCACUUCAGCAGUCGGAAGUUACAUGGUAUGAUCUGACAUCCAGCUGUUUGUUUUACAACAUACAAAUCUAUAGAUUAAGAGUAACUCUCAAGACGGACUCUUAUCCAGGAUAAAUGCUUUAAAAAAGGACUUAAACAAUGGCUACCUUUGUGCAUUCACAUGCUCAUGUACUUUGUCAACACAUGGAUACACAAUUCAUCAGUAUGCUGUUUUCCUUUCUGCUUGUCUGCUUGUCUUUGCCCCUCCCGCUGACAUUCUGACUGCCCCCAUCAAUUCACUACCUGGUCCUGGGAGUGUCUCUCUGAGGCUAAUUGAAAUUUUCCUCAUAUUUCAAUAAAUAAUUAUUAUGCUUAUAA